CACACACACACACACACACACACACUAACGAUCAGGACAGCCUAAACCGCGCUGGAGGCAACUCAGACUCCAAGCUGUCUGUGUUUUGCAGGGGGAAGAACACACAGGAUAAAGAGAAGAGAAAGGAUAGGAGAGAGGAGAAAUUUCUAGGACACUCAGACUGCUGAACUCAUGCAAGGGAAGGAAUAUUCUGAAUGCAUCAUGUGAUCUUUCAGCAUUCCCUUUGUCUGGAGGCAUCUUUGGAAACUUUGAGUUCCUCCACAUCAGAAUCCUAGAAUCCACCGCUCCAUCGCUCUCUCCUUUAUUACUGAGACUCCUGUCUGAGAGCAUUGAAAGCUCAGCUCAGCUCCUCUCAACUUUUGGGUUUUAUCUCUGGGACUUCUCUCCAACCUCUAAAACACUGCAGGGCUAAAGAGCUCCAUGCGCUUUUCUGUUAAAGAGAAAAAAAGAAAGAAAAAAAAAGAUCUUUUUCUCACAGUCUUCCUGAGUCAUCGCUUCCUCUGAGCUCCAAAAACAAACAACUUUCCAACCUGGUCUGAAGAACAGCCCAACUCCCACUUUCACUGCGGCUACCUCCUACCCAGACACAAAUCUUACACACACACACACACACACACACACAGACACACACGCCGGAACCCUACACCUCGGAGGGUCUCAAUGGGGAACUAAACGACCGGCCCAGUGAGGACACCGGUUUGAGAGGCCAUAUUGGAUUUGGCGCCCAGAGCGUGGCCAGAACUGUGGGCGGACUGACUCGGCAGCCAUGUCUGGAAAGGGCAACCCAAGCCCUCACCUUAAUGGCUUCCCCAUGCCCCACUACUCCUACUUCUUCCCUCACAUGCUGGGAGGACUGUCCCCCCCCUCGCUGCCUGCCCUGCCCCUCAGCGGAUACAGCACCCCGUCACCAGCCACUAUAGAAACUCAGAGCACAAGUUCGGAGGAGAUCGUUCCGAGCCCCCCAUCUCCGCCCCCUCCCCCGCGUGUCUAUAAGCCCUGCUUUGUGUGUCAGGACAAGUCGUCAGGGUACCACUAUGGCGUCAGCGCCUGCGAGGGCUGCAAGGGUUUUUUCCGGAGGAGUAUUCAGAAGAAUAUGGUGUAUACCUGCCACAGAGAGAAGAACUGCAUCAUCAACAAAGUCACACGCAACCGAUGCCAAUACUGCCGUCUCCAGAAGUGCCUGGAAGUCGGCAUGUCCAAGGAAUCGGUGAGGAAUGACAGGAAUAAGAAAAAGAAGGAGGAGAAAAAGCAAGACUGUGCAGAAAGUUACACCCUGAGCCCUGACACUGAGCAGAUGAUUGACAAAGUGAGAAAAGCCCACCAGGAAACUUUCCCUUCGCUCUGUCAACUCGGCAAAUAUACCACGAGUAACAGUUCGGAGCGCCGGGUCUCGCUGGAUGUGGACCUGUGGGAUAAGUUCAGCGAGCUGUCCACCAAGUGUAUCAUUAAAACGGUGGAGUUUGCCAAGCAGCUGCCGGGAUUCACCACACUCACAAUAGCAGACCAGAUCACGCUCCUGAAGGCCGCCUGCCUGGACAUCCUUAUUUUGCGGAUCUGCACUCGUUACACACCUGAGCAAGACACGAUGACGUUCUCGGACGGGCUCACGCUGAACCGCACCCAGAUGCACAACGCAGGCUUUGGACCCCUCACAGAUCUGGUAUUCGCUUUUGCCAAUCAACUACUGCCCCUGGAGAUGGACGAUGCUGAGACAGGACUGCUCAGCGCCAUCUGUCUGCUGUGUGGAGAUCGACAGGACCUGGAGGAGGCGGAUAAAGUGGACAUACUGCAGGAGCCGUUAUUGGAGGCACUGAAAAUCUAUGUCAGGAAGAGGAGGCCACACAAACCUCACAUGUUCCCCAAGAUGUUGAUGAAGAUCACUGACCUGCGGAGUAUCAGCGCCAAGGGUGCUGAGCGAGUGAUCACUCUGAAGAUGGAAAUUCCUGGCUCCAUGCCGCCGCUCAUUCAGGAGAUGCUGGAGAACUCAGAGGGUCUGGAAAGUUCUGCAGGGGCGGUGGGCUCCCGAGCCAGCGGACCUCCCCCUGGCAGCUGCAGCCCCAGUCUUUCUCCAAGCUCUGCCCAAAGCAGCCCAGCAACGCAGUCGCCAUGA